UGUUUUCGUUCCUCCAGUCUCGGCGGUGCGGGCCGGCGGCGAUGCGCGCAGACCACCUCGCGAGCUGCGCUGGCGAGGGCGGGGCGGCCCGGGAGCCCCGAUGAGGCCGGAGCUUCCCCGGUCGCGCCGCAGCGCUCCCGGCCCGAUGGAGGCCCCACCGUGGGAGCCGGGACACAACGGCUCGCUCCCGCCCACGCUGACGCCAGCCGUGCCCCCCUACGUGAAGCUCGGCCUCACAGUGGUCUACACCGUGUUCUAUGCGCUGCUGUUCGUGUUCAUCUACGCGCAGCUCUGGCUGGUGCUGCGCUACCGCCACAAGCGCCUCAGCUACCAGAGCGUGUUCCUCUUCCUCUGCCUCUUCUGGGCCUCCCUGCGGACUGUGCUCUUCUCUUUCUACUUCAGAGACUUUGUGGCGGCCAACUCGCUCAGCCCCUUCGUCUUUUGGCUGCUCUACUGCUUCCCCGUGUGCCUUCAGUUCUUCACCCUCACGCUGAUGAACUUGUACUUCACGCAGGUGAUUUUCAAAGCCAAGUCAAAAUACUCUCCGGAGUUACUCAAGUACCGGCUGCCCCUCUACCUGGCCUCACUCUUCAUCAGUCUCGUUUUCCUCCUGGUGAACUUAACCUGUGCCGUGCUGGUGAAGACAGGAAACUGGGAGAGGAAGGUGAUCGUCUCCGUGCGAGUGGCCAUCAAUGACACGCUGUUUGUGCUGUGUGCCGUCUCUCUCUCCGUCUGUCUCUACAAAAUCUCUAAGAUGUCACUGGCCAACAUUUACUUGGAGUCCAAGGGCUCCUCUGUGUGCCAAGUGACCACCAUCGGUGUCACCGUCAUCCUGCUUUACACCUCCCGGGCCUGCUACAACCUGUUCAUCCUUUCAUUUUCUCAGAACAACAAUGUCCGUUCUUUUGACUACGACUGGUACAACGUGUCAGACCAGGCGGAUUUGAAGAACCAGCUGGGAGAUGCCGGAUAUGUGGUGUUCGGUGUGGUGCUUUUCCUGUGGGAACUCUUACCCACCACCCUGGUGGUGUACUUCUUCCGCGUUAGAAAUUCUACCAAGGAUCUUACUAACUCUGGAAUGGUCCCCAGCCAUGGAUUCAGUCCCAGAUCUUAUUUCUUUGACAACCCUCGAAGAUACGACAGUGAUGAUGAUCUUGCCUGGAACAUUGCCCCUCAGGGACUUCAGGGAAGUUUUGCUCCAGACUACUAUGACUGGGGACAACAGACUAACAGCUUCCUGGCACAAGUAGGAACUUUGCACCAAGACUCUACUUUGGAACCUGACAAACCAAGCCAAGGAUAGCAUCACUGAAAAAUUUUAUGGGACAGUCCACAGGUGAAAAGCUUCAGAAAGACAAACUCCAUGACAACUGAACGUUUAAGGCACUUUUCCUUAAGAAACAGACAAUUUUUAUUUGCUACAAGUUUCUAAUGGCUCCAUAGGACUAAUCAAUAACUUAGGCUGAACUCUUAUUUUAGUACUAAAAUGUGAGCCUGGCUAUUUCAAUGGGUAUAAUUUAAACUUUUGAAAGAAAAUCUGUACUUUUGUAAAGAUAUAUUUUAUAUAACUUAAAUAUUAGUGAAGUAUACUAGAGUUUUUCCUUGAGAGUGUUCUUACAGAAUGUUGUAGUUUGCACAGAUUUUUAUGCAUAAUUCACUUUAAAAAUAGACGGAAUGGUCUAAUAGUUUAAGGACUUUUGAACGAAAGUGUUCCUCCACUCCUUACCUCUGAAGGUCACUCAGAUUUUGAGCCCUACAUUGAUAGUCUCCUGAAAUACAGUUGAAAUCUGGCAAGCUAACUGCAGCUCCAGUGCUUGCUGAGAGUUGAAAUGGAGUAACAAUGGACUGUCAGGUAAGUGGAUCUGUAGAGUUCCUGUGAGGUCUGGCAGCUGGUCCCUCAAAGAUUCCCUCUCCUUCUGUUUGCUUUCUAAAUUAACUUUUUGAUAAGUAGAGAAAAGACAGCAAGGGUACUCUGAUCUAUGGGUUCACCCUCCAAUGCCUGCAGGUGCAAAGAGGCAAAAGCUGGGACCCAACCACUCCAGGUCUCCUGCAGCUGUGGCAGGAACCUAGCCAUUUGAGGUUUACUGCUGCCUCCUACAAUUUACAUCAGCAGCUGAAGUGAGAGCUGGAGCCAGGCAGUCCAACGUGUGAUGUCCUAAACAGCACCUUUACAGCUAGGCCAAAUGCCUACCCCAGAGAAUUUAAAAGAUUUUUCCAGAAGUCUGGUACUUUGUUUCAACAUGGCACUAAUGUAUACACUGUGAUAAUAACAAGUUGAAAAUGUUAAAAACGUACCUGACUUAGACCAUUAAACCUAUUCUGCUGUAUCUGCUAUGUUUAUAGAUUUCAGUUUUUUCACCUCAAAUAUAUUAUCGAUUACCUCAAGAUUAUAACAAGACUACACCUUUCCAAACUCAAUGAAUGUUCAUUACAUUCAAAGAAAAAAAAAUGAAGUUCCAAAAAGGGCACUAGCAAUAAAUGCCUGAGACUGUGAGCCACGAGGCAGUGUGGAAUCCUUGGAGGGUUUUCUGUGAUCUGAGCCAUAUUUAUGGCAGUGGUUUUUAAAUGGCUGUGUAAACAGCGUUUGGAAGUGGACAUUCCAAAUUCCAGUUACCUCGCAGUAUUCUUCAGCAUGAUGCCUCUUAGCCAUGGGGAAAGGCACAUCCCAGACAAUUGCUUCUGUGUCAUCUUUCACA